GUAGGGAACAAUUUGUCGCUGAAAACCAAGAAAUUAUCCACGGAAUAAGAGAAAUAAAAAGUGAUGUUAAAGAAAUCAAGAAAUUUAUGGUAAUGAAUAAUCUCCGGCAAUUAGCCGAAAAAGACGAACAAAGGAAAAAAGAAAUUGCCGAAUGGGAUAGAAUACAAGCGGAAGAUGAGGAAAAGUUUAGCAAGUUUAAAAAAAUUGUUAAGAACACGGAAAUCAAAGACCCUCAUCCGGCGGUAGUAAUUUCGAAUGACCUUCAAAAUCAAAAAAGCAGUCGGAUUACCGUGGUUCCUUUAACUCAUACUCUCAAACCUUUUUAUGAAGGAAUAAUCAAGCACUUGGGAACAUUUGACCUAAAAACUAGGCAAGAAGUGGAAAGGAAAGUAUUAGAGGGUUUGGAAUUAGUUAAAUCGCUUAGUAGCGAACAACUGCUUUUGGAAUUAGCUAGAAGACCAAGUGUUUCAGCAAGAACCUUAGAAAUUGCCAAAAGAGCAGAUUUAAUAAUUCAGCCAGUCGGAGCCAGUCGCGAUGACUUAUUACCCGCUCUCCGUGAAUUCAAUGCCCUAAAAGCCCAAGGUAUUAGUAAAGAUAAAUUAUUGUUCGUGCUUAAUCACUUAUCUACUCCGGCUGAAAUAUUAGCCACCCAAGAAUAUUUAACUGAAAGCGGAUAUCCUUUUGCUCCUUUUUAUUUAUACGAAAAAGUCUCUUACCGCCAAGCCCAAAGUGAAGGAAAGAGUAUUAGUGAGGUUAAUUUUCCUAGUUUAAAAAAACAAGUUCAGAAAUUAGUUAAUUUUGUUUUAAAACAGGUAGAGAUACCGCAAGAGGUUAGUGAAAAUAUAAAGGCUCCGGAAACUGCUCCCAGUGAUAAAAGAAUUAGUGGGAGAACUAAGCAACUUAAUUUUAAAGUCAGGGAGGAAUUUUAUUGGCAAUUGAAAAAUAGAGCAGUAGAGGAAAAGUGUCUGAUGGUGGAAAUAUUGGAAAAAGCCUUAGAAAGUUAUGAACGAGAAAAAGAAGUCCAGUCAAAAAAGAGUUAG